AUGCGUUCCAACGACUCAUUUAUCAAACCGAAGCUGCCCAAGGCACUGCUAGACCAGAUUGGUGGGGAUACUGGCAACAGCAGAAAGAAUACCCCAACACGGAAGGAGCGUCGCAAGAACGAGAGAAACCAGAAAAAACAGAGCCACCAGCAAUCAAGGUCCCGCCCACCGCCACAGAGACCUCAACCGCAAAGACGUCCUCAACCUCAGCCGCAACGAGAUGAAUUUGAGGAGAGCGAUGACGAGCCUACCCCGCCACCUGCCUCGAAGCCAAAUUCGAAACCCGUAAAGGAGGACAAGCCCAAGUCAAUUCUGAAAUCAACCAAGAAGCAAGAUCCUCCGGAGUCAAAGACUCGAGGAGAUUCGCCACCGCCCCCUGCACGCAUUUCGAGAGCUGUCAAGGAUCGACUGGCCCAAGAUGAUGCUGAAAUUGCCGCCCUCGAGAAAAAACUAGGAAUCAAGUCGACAAAGAGAUCAAAGGCUUUUGCAGACGACGGACUUGACGAUCUACUGGAAGGUUUAGAUGACGAUGAAGAAGACGAUGGUCCAAAGAGAAAGCGUUCGGACGACGACGAUUGGUUGCGACAGAAGAGGAGGAAGGUCAGUCAAGCUGCUGCUGUCGCAGAUGAGCCUUCGGAAGACGACGAGGAAGAGGGAGAUGAAGACAUGAGCGGCGAUGAAGACGAAUUUGAUGACGGUGACGAAGAUGAUAUGGACGAGGACGACGAAGAUGGAUCGGAUGAGGAUAUGCUUGAUGAAGCCGAGGGUGACGACAUGGACGAGGAGAAGUUUGAAGACUUUGACGAAGACGAUGAGGGAAGCGAAGAGGAGGCACCUGCACCGAAGGUGCGCGAGAAUCCCUACGUUGCUCCUGUACCCGCUGGUGCUGCUCCGGUCCAGAAGUACGUUCCGCCUUCAUUGCGAGGCGCUCCAUCAUCAGACACAGAGGCUCUAGCACGUCUUCGUCGUCAAAUACAGGGUCAGCUCAACCGUCUCUCGGAAGCGAAUCUUCUGUCUAUUCUUCAAACCAUCGAGGGAAUCUACCAGAACAACCCUCGUCAAUACGUUACCACCACACUUAUCGACCUCCUACUUGGUCUUAUUUGUGAUCGCACUACUCUACAGGACACCUUCCUCAUCCUCCAUGCAGGUUUCAUGGCCGCUUUAUACAAGGUGAUCGGAACAGAUUUCGGUGCUCAAGUCAUUGAGCGUAUCGUCACCGACUUUGACAGACACUACACUGGGGGCACCACAGCAGGCAAAGAAACUUCAAACUUGAUGUCCCUGGUUUCCGAACUCUACAACUUCCAACUUAUCGGCUGUAACCUUGUGUUCGACUACAUCCGUUUGUUCCUCAAGGAGCUCAACGAGGCGAAUACCGAACUUUUGUUGAAGAUCAUCCGCAACUCUGGACCCCAGCUUCGAGCGGAUGACCCUUCGGCACUGAAAGACAUUGUCAUUCUGGUGCAGAAGGAGGUCACUCGUAUUGGAGAAGCGAAUCUCUCGGUGAGAACAAAAUUCAUGAUCGAAACCAUCAACAACCUCAAGAACAAUCGCGUCAAGACUGGUGUGGUGGCUUCUGCUAUUGUGUCAGAACACACAACAAGAAUGAAGAAGACUCUGGGUUCUCUCAACAACAGAUCGUCUCUCAAGGCAAGCGAGCCUCUGCGCAUCGGAUUGGCAGAUAUCCGCGAUACAGAAAAGAAGGGCAAAUGGUGGCUUGUCGGAGCAAGUUGGCUGGACCCUGGAAAGCAAUCAAAGGAUGAGGACGCUUCCGAUGAGCCUGCUGUCAAGGCCUCCAAGAACGACUCAACGACAGUAGCUGCCGAUGACGGCAGUGUUGAUCUGAUUCAACUAGCACGUCAGCAAGGCAUGAACACUGACAUCCGUCGUGCCAUCUUCGUCACCAUCAUGUCAGCUUCUGAUUACCAAGAUGCUCAUUUGCGCCUUCUCAAGCUGGGCUUCAAGAAGGCUCAAGAGCUUGAGAUUCCUCGCGUGCUGGUUCACUGCGCAGGUGCCGAAGCUACUUACAACCCAUACUACACACUCAUCGCCAAAAAGCUUUGCAGCGAGAAGCGCAUGCUCAAGGCCUUCCAAUUCGGACUUUGGGACAUCUUCAAGCGCAUGGGCGAAAAGGCAAUGACAGCCGAUGACGAAGACGAUGCUUUCGAUGAUGAUGAAGACGAGAACAUGAGCACUCGCAAGAUUGUGAACCUUGCUCGCUUCUACGCAGAUCUCAUCACCGAGGGCGGUUUCCCCAUUACAGCGCUAAAGACACUCAAUUUCGCUUACCUGCAACCCAAGACAAACACAUUCACCGAAGUCCUGUUGACUAGGAUUUUGAUCAAGAUGAUGAAGAACUCGAAGGGCAGCAAGUGGGAUCUUUCGGUCAACGAGGUAUUCUCAAAGGCUCAAGAUGUUCCGGAUAUGGUGCAGGGCCUGCGGUACUUCAUCGAGAAGGUAGUCAGGAAGGCCGAAAUUGCCAAUGGCAAGAAGGAGCGCAAGGCAGUAAAGGAGGGCUGUGUAGCUGCCAUCGAGGCAUUGACAACACAUGUCGCGCGUGAUGACGACCUCAGCGAGGACAUGCUGAGUGAUUCCGACUAA